UUCGCCGAAGCAGGAAGCUGUUAAGCGGACGAGCUAGCUGGCAGUGGCUGGUUGGUUGCUCGGCCUGUGAGAAAGGUUCCCAGCCAUGGCUCGGUUCGCGACGUUCCUGCUCUUACCAGUUCUCGUCGAAUUGACGUCGUCCAUCUCCUUCUUCCUGCCGGUCAACUCGAGGAAGUGCUUGCGGGAGGAGAUCCACAAGGAUGUGCUGGUCACCGGGGAGUACGAGAUAAGCGAGCAGCCGAACACCAAAACCAACCUGAAGAUCACAGAUUCUGCCAGCCAUUUGCUCUACAGCAAGGACGAUGCCAUCAAAGGGAAGUUUGCGUUCACCACAGAGGACUAUGAAAUGUUUGAGGUGUGCUUUGAGAGCAAGUCCCCCAUGGGAACCGGAAGAGUGCAGGACCAAUUGGUCAACUUGGACAUGAAGCAUGGCGUGGAGGCCAAGAACUAUGAGGAGAUUGCCAAGGUGGAGAAGCUGAAGCCUCUCGAGGUGGAGCUGCGGCGACUGGAGGACCUUUCCGAGUCCAUCGUCAACGACUUUGCUUACAUGAAGAAGCGAGAGGAGGAGAUGAGGGACACCAAUGAGUCUACCAACACGCGUGUGCUGUACUUCAGCAUCUUCUCCAUGUGCUGCCUGAUCGGGCUGGCCACGUGGCAGGUGUUCUACCUGCGCCGCUUCUUCAAGGCCAAGAAGCUGAUCGAGUAGAAGAGGAGCCGGCCGGCGUUCUUCGUCAUCCGGCUCGACCGACGCGUCCGAACAUCCAUCAUUCCUGGACGGCAAGGGAAGUUUUAGGCACUGGGGGUGGGCUCAAAUUUGACUUUUUCAAAGAUGCCAGACAACCGCAAUGAUCCGACAAGACGCAAAAAUUAAAAUGAAAAUAUGACAAGCUAUCAGGCCUGCUUUGUUUUGCGGUUUGUAACAUGACAAGCGCCGCGUGUCGGGAGCGACCGAGCACCAUUUCCAAUCUUCUGGCUUCCCGUCAACAAUGAGCUCGUUUUUCUUUGGAGCGGACAUGCCGCGAGCAUGCCGCUGAGGAGAUCCUCGAAGUCAAGUGAAGGCUAUUUGAUUGUUGGCUUUAGUUUGUUGCCUCGCUACAUUUGCGUACGUCAUGAGUUUUAUUUGUUUCCAUACUGUAAAUGCCCGCCCCCUCCAUCCCAUGCACAUGUUUAUCUUUUUGGGGAAUGGCUUGGUCACUGUUAACGUGUUGUUGGGUUUUUUUCCCCUCUUCGGUCCAUAUAAAUUAGGUUAUGUUGGAACUCAUUUAUGCUAUCACUCACUCACCAUCUAAAAUGGCCAACUGGCAGCAUUUGUAAAAUAGCCUGGAGGAGAUGUUAGUUCAACAGCCUGCUCUUCAAGCAUUUUGCUAAACUGAACUUUUGAUAGCAACAAGUAACACUUCACAAUUUCUUGUACUUGCAGAUCCAUCCCAAUGAUUUCUUUAGGUUUAUUUUCAUUUCAGGGAUACUUGCGGAGGUGCGGUUACAUGGACUUAGGAGAAGUUAGCUUCCGGUCUGAUAAAGGUUAAUUAUCAAGGUAUCUAUCAUGGGGAUUUCUUUUUUUUUUUUUAGCAGCGACCGUGUGCAUUGUGCGCAAUCGAUUUUUAUGUUGACUGGUGCAUUUUGUAAAGUUGUGUUGGGCUUUUACUGAAUAAAAUAUAGGAUGGAUUUGUUA